GAUCAACCUUAGCAUAAAAAGAAGGAAGCCUCUGCUGGGGUUACCACAAGCAGUAGAGAGAGAAGCACAUUGAGACCAUUCAGAUGCUAGCUUUUCCUCUACACUGGUCGAGCCAUGAAUAAUUGGACAGGGAUCGUUCUCUCCUUGACACUCAUAACUUGGAUAUGUCGGGCACAGGAAUCACCCUUGUGCCGUCCUUCUGUCACUGGAUUUCAGGCAUGCAAACAGGUCUUGAAUCUUCCUGCACUGGAAGUUCUUCCUGGAGGUGGUUGGGAUAACCUCAGGAAUCUGGAUAUGGCAAGAGUGAUCAGCCUAAACUACUCUUCGUGCAGCACUACGGAAGAUGGGGCUUAUUUCAUCCCCAACGAGUUUUUCGCCAUCGCCCGUAAACAGAGCUCCCUGGAGAUGAACUCAGAGAUCAUAGAGUCUUGGAUGGAUUACCAGUGUGCCACCUCCGUUUCCAUCAACGCAGAGGUGUCCUUUCUUUCUAUCAACGGAAGGUUCUCCACUGACUUCCGCAGGAUGAAAACCCACCAAGUGAGAGAUCAGGCUGUGACCACCAGGGUUCAGGUCAGGAAUUUGGUGUACACUGUGAAAUUCAACCCUGGUGCAAUGUUAGAUGAAGGCUUCCAGCAGCAGCUUGUCACCAUUGCUAGCUAUCUGGAGAACAACCACACACGAAUGGCUGACUACUUGGCAGAGAUCUUGGUCCUAAACUACGGCACUCACGUUAUCACAGGAGUUGAUGCUGGAGCCAGCCUCAUCCAGGAGGACCAAGUGAAGUCCUCCUUUGUGAAAGAUGGCAAGUCCUCGAGAAUUUCUGUCACAGCUGCGGCUGGGGCCUCUUUCCGCAAAAUGCUCCACUUUGACAUUAGCACUUCAGUGGCAACAGAAAACGCUUUCACCCAGCAGUAUCAGGACAACCUCACCAGCUCCAGGGUGGAGAGUAUUGGUGGGGUACCAUUUUACCCUGGCAUUACCCUGAAAACUUGGCAGGAGAGCACCACCAACCAGCUGGUGGCUGUUGACCGUUCAGGCUUGCCUCUGCCAUUCUUCAUCACCCCAGGAAAUCUGCCGGGAUUGCCCACCCCCACCGUGAAGAGAUUGUCCAGGACUGUGGCAUCUGCCAUCUCCCGUUACUACACAUUCAACACCUACCCUGGCUGCAUCGACCCUGCCUCGCCCAACUUCAACUUCUAUGCCAACAUGGAUGAUGGGAGCUGUGAAGGGACAAUGACCAACUUCACCUUUGGUGGAGUCUACCAGGAGUGUGCUCAGCUGGAAGGUCCUGAUGCUGCUGUGCUCUGCCAGGACCUGGAGCAGAGGAACCCACUCACUGGAGACUUCUCUUGCCCCGAGGGUUAUGACGCAAUCAAACUGCGCUCCCAGCUACUUGAGGAAGGCUAUAGCCACUUGGAGUGCCGCCAGGAUUGCACACUGUGGAUAUUCUGCAGACAGGUUUGCAACGAUGUUUUCACCCCUUCCAUGGUCCAGUUCAGCUCCUAUUGGUGUGCAGCAAGAAACUCCGUCCCUCAACAGUCAGGGUUCCUUUUUGGAGGCCUCUUUAGUGCCCAGAGCCCCAACCCCAUGACCAACAGCCAGUCCUGUCCCUCCAACUAUUACCAGCUGAAGCUCUUGGACCAGCUCGUAAUCUGCGUCAGCAACGAUGCCCGGGCACAGAGGAACGCUAUUCCUUUUGGGGGGUUCUUCAGUUGCCAGGUAGGAAACCCGCUGACGGGACACCACCGUGGAACAGAUGAUGACCCUUACUCCAAGAGGUGCCCAGCAGGGUUUGGCCAGCACCUGGCUCUGAUCAGUGAUGGCUGUGAAGUGCAAUACUGUGUCCAGGCUGGGCGUUUCACAGAAGGGGCUUUACCCCAAGCCCGGCUCCCUCCCUUCACUCGCAAACCUGUCAUGAGCUUAAUUGCCACCAACACCGUCCUGGUGAUGAACAGCCAUGGUGACCAGGUUUGGAUCAAGGACACCCAGACCCAGAUGUGGAAGAUAGGUAGCCCUGCUGAUCUGCACAACAUGAACGCUGCUGGUGGGAGCUUCUCAGGUGGAGAGACAGCAGGGGUCACUGUUGGUGCCACCACUGGCUUGGCCAUCCUGAUUGGCUUGUCGGUCUAUGGGUGCAGGAGGUACAAGAAAAGGGAGUACAAAAACAUCGGGGAAGAGGAGAGGAGUUUGACCUCAAGCAACAAUGCCUGUGAUUUCAUGGGCGAAAUAGAGGUUGAGCAGGAGCAGGAAAGACAAACGGUGUAGUGUGUGUGUGUGUGUGUGUGUGUGUGUGUGUGUGUGUGUGUUACUAUCAAUUGCAUCAGGAUGGGGACCUGUGGCCCUGAAGAUGAUGUUGGACUCCAGCUCCCAUCAGCUCCAGCCAGCAUGAUGGGAGUAGUAGUCCAGCAACAUCUGGAGGGACACUUGAAUGCUGCUGUAUGUCAGUCACCCCCAACCUACUGCCCUCUAGCUGUUUGGGACUAGAACACCCAUGGUCCUGGCUGUUGGCUACACUGGAAGGAGCUGGUGGGAACUGCAGUUCAAAGAAGGCUAGUGUAUGUUCAUGUGCUUUGCUGUAAGUGCAUGGCUAUGAGCUUCUUCCUCCUACUGUCUCUUGUUCCUCUUCUCUAACUUUUCUGAGUAAGCAGAAGCACCGCAGCUCCCAUAGGCAUUUUCCAUUAGGUCCAGGGCAUUGGGAAGCUGCCGUAUACUUAGCUGAAUCCUUUGGUCCACCUAGAUCAGAAGUGCCUCUUCCAAGAAGCAGCAGCUCUCCAGCAUCCUUUUUUGUUUUAAAAUAAUUUUUAUUAAAUAUUUUCUUUGUUUACAAAAGCACACAUAUUGUCUCUUUCUUCAGGCUGUGUUUUCUACAGAUCAGUUACAUUUUUUUGUGAGUCAUUGGUGUUAUAUGCAGUUUAGGGUUGGGAAGAAAAGGGGGGUGAGAGGGGAUGAGGUGGUAAAGCUUAUAUUAUUUUCCUUAGUGCAUGUGUGGGGCU